AUGCAAGUGCCGGUUCUCGGCUGCACUUUCCUCACGCUGUCAGAUCGUGAGGAAAGUACUGCCGAGAACCGGCAGUUGUCAGAGCGGGGAUCGGAACCGAUCAUCAGGGCACUGAUGAUCAGUGCCCUGAUGAUCGGUGCCCAGCAGUGCCACCCGCAAGUUCCGCCCACCUGUGCCCUGCAAUCACCCACCUGUGCCCAGCAGUGCACCCACCUGUGCCACUCUGCAAUUUCACACACCUGUGCCCAGAAGUGCCACCUACCUGUGCCCAGCAGUGCCACCCACCUGUGCCCACCCACCUGUGCCCACCAGUGCCACCCACCUGUGCCCACCCACCAGUGC